AUGUUCAAAUUUGAUACUAUCGAUGAUCUGAGACCAAAACUACCAGACCUGAUAAAGAUAGAUGAUAUAACAUCCGGUAAAAUAGACCCAAAGCUAAUUUAUGAAGAAAUAGAACGGCUAAAAGCAGAAACUAACAUACUAAGAAAUGAUAUGUCUUCAUUUUUAAGAGCACUAACAACUACUCCCAAAGACAAUUCACAAAAGGAGUUUUUUCAAACUAUCAUAACAAGACUUGCUACAAUACAACAAAGUAUAAAUGAGUACUGUGAAAGGUACAACAAACUUCUACCUAUAAUAAAUUUAGCACAAAUAAAGUUGGGUCAUGAAGUGGAGGCUCCUCCAAAUAACGUUAAAAUCAAAGGUUCAAAUCCAUCAUCAACUAAUAACACGCCUAAUAUGGGUAACAAACCAUCUCCAAUGAUCUCAAGUUCCGAAAAUACCAACGCUGCAAGCACUACACCAAAUCAAAAUAGUAAUUACCCGACCCCAAAUAAUGGAUCGAUUAACAUCAAUUCUAAUAAAAUUACCAAAAAAGGUGCGAAAAAGGGAAACUUUCCGACCAAUAUCGGUAAUGGGAAGAACCAAAAUACAAGUGCUAAUAACAUUAAAAGUCAAAAUGGGACUUCAAGUCUGCCUAUAGUAAUUUAG